AUGGGACAGAACAGUGAGAAGGUUCAUGAAGUUCAUGCUAUUAGCGCAGAAAACAAUGAGAAAAAGACAAAGAGGAGAAAGACGCACAGAGAAGAAGAGAAAGACAAAGACGACGACGGCAACACUACCGAAAUCUUAUGUGCCCACAGAACUGAUGAUUUCAAUCCUUCUAAGUUUGCCGGUGAAGUCUCUUAUUCGUUUCAAAUGCGUUUCAAAACCAUGUUAAGAGAUGAUUACUUGGUGGUCUCACUGUCAUGUAUUCUAGCCCAGGAAGAUUUUUCACGUUUGGAAUAUUUCUCAUUGAAAGAUAACAAAUGGAAGGAAAUUGAGAAUACUCAUUUCCCUUAUACACUCGACAAGAUUGACCCGAGAGUAGGAUCGCUCUAUAACGAUGCUAUUCAUUGGUUGGCUUUACAUUCGGAUUCAUUGAUGGAAGUUAUUAUUGCAUUUGAUUUAAUUGAAAGGAAACUUUUUGAGAUGCCUUUUCCAAAUGAUGUAGAGCAUAAAUCUGAUCGUUGCGAGUUAUGGAUAUUUGGUGAAUUUCUUAGUUUAUGGGGUAUGGAUUGUGAAAAUAGAAGAAUUGAAAUAUGGGUGAUGAAAGAAUACAAUGUGCAUUCGUCUUGGAUUAAGGGUAUUGUUCUCUCUUUGAACAUCUUACCUCCUCAUAAGUUUUCCCCAAUAUGCUCUACAAAAAAUGGUGAUAUCAAUGAAAUCUUAUGUGCUUGA